AUGUGGCGACCAUUUGCUCUCGUUUUCCAGCUGGCGUUGUCGGAUGUAGAUGUGGGUGUCCCCCUCCCAGCGGACGAUGAAUGCCAAGACGGCCAAUGUGCCCUCUCCGCCUUACAACUGAAACAGAGCCAGCCAUGGUAUUGGCGCAUGCGCCAACCGUGGCAAGAACCUCCAGCACCUGCAUAUCCCUGGAUGCAACCGAUGCAACCUAUGCAACCGAUGCAACCUAUGCAACCGAUGCAGCCCAUGCAACCGAUGCAGCCCAUGCAACCGAUGCAGCCCAUGCAACCGAUCCUAUAUCCCUGGAUGCAGCCACUUCAGCCGAUGGAGCCACAGCCCAUGCCACCCGCACCAGCUGAAUCAACUGUAGCUCCAACAUCCGUGGAGCCGGCCCCCAGUAAGACCUACAUCCCCUUGGCACCAACAGGAUGGGGCAUGAUCGCCGACAACGAAGGCGAGGAGAUUGCACAGCUGACGACCAGCAAGGUUCGGUGUGAAGAAGCGUGUUCUUCCAAUCCAAGAUGCAAUAGCUUCGUCUUCUGCACCUUCGGCGGAUGCUAUUUGAAGACCGGGCAGUUUUACACUGGCAACGAGCCAAUGCAUUACAGUGGCUUUUGUUCCACCUUCUGGACGCCGCAAGCCGGUCCUGACACCGGCGGAGCUGGUGGAACGGUGACCCUGCCGCCGCUCCGACGGGUGGAGGUGCAUCAAUGCGAGAAAGGCACGGUACCUGAACCCAGCGGGUCGUGUAGCAAGUCCACUUCGCCGAAGCUGAUGACUUUCUAUCAGUAUCGCGCACAAAGCGGACAGAUGCCCAAGGGUCGCCUCUGGGAGAACAUGAACCUGGCGAAUCUGGGUGGUGUGAUGUUCUAUCUGCACAAUGAGGUGGUGGACAAGGAGGGCGAGAUGCGCGACGCCUCGGGUGCGCGGACGACGAAGUUCCAGGUGGAUCGGAUUCUUCGCUUCAAAGUCACGGUGAAGAACUCCGCGGCGCUGUGGAAGAAGUUCAGGUCACAAUUUGGACAGUUCAUUCAAUUCGAUUAUGGCCAAGCAACUUUUGGUAUGCCGGAUCACGUCAAGAAAUGCAAUGCAAUCUGGUCGGAGUUUGGCUACGAGGUGGGUUGCCAAGCGAAUCCCACCGGCAUCUCCGGCUAUGACGACGGCUACUGGACUUCGUGGCCUGGCCGGUGUCCAUCGAUGCCCUUCACCGACCAAGCGCCCCAAGGUGGACCUGCCAAGACGACGCAGUGCAUCAAGGAGCAGCCAGGAGGCUCCUGUGGCUCCCCAAACGGCAGCUUUGACUGUAUUUGGAACGUCGCAGAAGCAGGCUUCGUGAUGCUGGAUGACCUCGUAGGCACUGACAUCAAGAAGCUCUACGAGGCAGGUGGUUGGCAGUACGAGAAGAAGACGGAUUCUGGCAAAGGCACCAGCUUCUGGAAUGGCAAGAAGGAUCGGGACAAGUGCAAAGAGAGGGAGGAGAAGCUUUUGAACCUCUUCGCGCAGAAGUAUCGGGACCAGCCAGCAUCUCUCACCGACCCCUAUUGUGAUUUCUGGCGCUAG